GUACGAGUGGGAGAGAUAACGGGACCGAAAAGAUUGACGUUUGGAGAAUUGUCGUCGUGUUUUGACAUUUCCGCAAACUCGUCUUUUCGUUGCGGCUUGCGAAGUGGAAAGUACAAGGAAAAAUGAGGGUUUUAGCUGUUUUUGCGGUGUUUUUCCUGUUCGGUUCGUUUUCCACGGCCGAGGAAAUCCCUACCGAAGAGGGUGUACUGGUUUUGAGCAAGGAAAAUUUCGAACAGGCCACGACGGAAAAUGAAUUCAUCCUGGUCGAAUUCUAUGCCCCCUGGUGCGGCCACUGCAAAGCCCUAGCUCCCGAAUACGAAAAAGCUGCUCAAAUCUUGUCGGAAAAAGGGUCGGCCAUUAAGCUGGCCAAAGUAGACGCCACAGCUCAUCAGGAAUUGGCUGAAGAGCACAAAGUCAGAGGUUACCCGACGCUGAAAUUCUACAGAAGCGGAAGCCCUGUUGAAUAUUCAGGAGGUAGACAGGCCGAUGAUAUCGUAGCGUGGCUUUUGAAGAAAUCCGGACCUCCGGCAACUAGUCUUCCUUCUGUAGAUGAAGCCAAGACUUUUGUUGACUCUGCCAACAUCGUGGUGGUUGGUUUCUUCAAGGACCAAUCCAGCGACCUGGCAAAAACCUUCUUGGCCGUUGCCAGUUCCGUCGAUGACGUCGUUUUCGGUAUUUCUGACAGCGACGAUGUCUUUAGCAACUACGAGGUGCAGGACAAUACCAUUGUGCUGUUCAAGAAGUUUGAUGAUGAUAAUCAAGUGAAAUAUGAUGGUGAAACUACGGAAGCUGCAUUGAAGACCUUCAUCCAAUUCAACUCUUUACCGUUGCUGGUCGAUUUCAACCAUGAAACAGCGCAGAAAAUUUUCGGCGGCGAAAUCAAGCACCAUUUGUUGCUUUUCGUCAAUAAAGGCGAUGAACAUUACAACGCAGUUGCCGAUGCGGCUCGCGGCGCUGCCAAAUCCUUCAGAGAAAAGGUCCUGUUUGUUGUGAUCGACGCCACCGACGAAGACCAUCAAAGAAUCUUGGAAUUCUUCGGUAUGAAGAAGGAAGACGUUCCCAGCGUGAGAUUGAUCAUUUUGGAAGACGACAUGAUUAAAUUCAAACCUGAGACUGACGAAAUUACCACGGAUAACCUGAAAACUUUCGUCCAGGGAGUGUUGGACGGUACGAUCAAGCAGCAUUUGCUCAGCCAAGAUUUGCCAGAUGAUUGGGAUAAAGAGCCUGUUAAAGUGUUGGUGUCCAGCAAUUUCGACAGCGUGGCUUUGGAUACAAGCAAGGACGUUUUGGUUGAGUUUUACGCCCCCUGGUGUGGCCAUUGCAAACAACUGGCACCUAUUUAUGACAAGCUUGGUGAACAUUUCAAAGAUAAUGAAGAUGUGGUAAUUGCAAAAUUGGAUGCUACAGUCAAUGGGCUAGAAACAAUCAAAAUCAGAAAUUAUCCUACUAUCAAGCUUUUCAAGAAGGAAAACAACGAAGUUGUUGAAUAUUUAGGACACCGGACGCUAGAAGGUUUAAUAAAAUUUGUCGAAUCUGGUGGUAAAGAUGGCGGAGACGCCGACGUACCGGACGAGCUACAGACUGACGAACAUGCGAAGGAUGAACUCUAAAAAAUUGAUUUAGAGUUAUUUAUAUUGAGACUUGUCUCCGAUUUACUUAUUACUUAAGAUUUAGGUUAACUUAAAAUGCGGAAAUUUUGUAAAAAAACUGAUUCGGUGCCCCGUAUAUUUGUACAAUUAAAAGAAAGUCAUCUUAUCUUAGAUUUAUUUAACUUAUCCCUGUAUGAAAAUCAAGACAAAUGAGAAUGCUCCUAAUUUUAAUGUCUCUUCUCUUUUUUUAGUGAUUAAAUUAAGUUAUUUCUUAUAAAAAAUUUCGAUUUUUUGUUAGGGCUAAGUCGUUUGUAGACUGUUUACUUUGUGUUGUGUUUUUUUUUUCGUUUGAAAUCUCGAAACGUCAGUAUUGCGAUUUUGAAGAGUUUUUUAUACGUACCUUUGUAAAAACGAGACGGCACAAAAAGCAGACUUUUUGUAAAUAACAGUUAUCAAUCAAAAGAAAAAUGAAUGUUUUUUAUUAUGGAUAUGUUGUAUGCAUUGGAAAAUAAAUUUAAAAUUACC